UUUGAGUCAUGUUGUUUCCUAUUGAUCCAAGAAAGAAAGCGUUUCUUGUUACGUUGACCUGUGGUGUUGUCCGUGGAGAGAAAAGUCUUUUGAGUUUCUGGGUUACGGGUUGCAUUCCUUAUUGUGUGCGUGGCGUUCGAGCAAUGAUUCACUUGGUGUGGUAGUGCUAAUGGUUAGCAUUUAUACGAAUCGUCAACAGUGAAGGUCAAAAUGUCGACGAAAACCUCUCCCACUUCAACGAAAUAUAAAAUUAAUUUUCAAGUCGGAGCCCGGCUCGAAGCAAUGGAUUACACGUUAAGUUGGUAUUCUGCUAAAAUAUGCCGUGUGGAUGAAAAAGAUAAGAAGGUACUGAUUCAUUUUGAGGGCUGGAAUCAUCGUUAUGAUGAAUGGAUUGCAUUUGACAGUGAACGUUUGAGGCCACACGGACGGCAACACCUUUUUCAGGACUCUAAAGAAGAAAAGGAAGUUUGCGACUAUCAGGAUUGGAAAACUGGUGAUCGAGUAUUAGCAAAGUGGCAGGAUUGUAAAUUCUACCCGGCAAAAAUUGCCAAGUGCCUUAGUGAAGGUUCAUAUGAAGUUCAUUUUUAUGAUGGAUUCAAGAAGGUGGUCCACAGAGUAAAUAUCAAACCAGAUAAUAGGAAGAUCAACAUGAGUUCCAAUGACAAGCAGGAGCAUGAAAAGGAAAUUCAAGAAAGGAGAGAAAGGCGGCAGCUGAUGGCAUCUGCUAGAGCUGAACGAGCUCGUAAGAGGAGUUCAGAGACCAGCCCCACAACAGUUAUUCCAGUGAAGAGAAAAGAUUACAGAGGAAGAAAGGGGAAAAUGCAUGAGAAGGAUGACUUUGGCACAGCAAGUGAAUCCAGUGUAUCAAGUCCAGCUGAAAUGCCUGAAGUUGAUGAGCAAACAGUGGAUUCUCAAAAACAGGACAAGAAAAGUAAAGAGAUUGAAGCUGAUGUGGAGUCAUUCAUCAAAAAUGAAGAGCCUUCAGAUAGAAAAGAAAGACAUGUUGAUAUGCAUCAAUUGACAGAAAAAGAGGAUUUACUGGAGGGUAAUUUUACUCAAUUGGUGAAGCAUAAAAUGCCUGUGGAGAAAAUACCACAUCAAAAAACAUCCACAGUGGGUAUAAGGAAGCAGAGAAGAUUCAUGGAUAAAAAGAAUGCGCUCAAAACAAAUGAUGAACUAAAAAAGAAUCGGGAAGAUAAACAUCAGUCCGCUAAUGAAACUGAAAAUGAUGACAGGAAGGUUUUCUUUGAUGCAAAGGAACAUUCCACAAUAUCAUCAGCAUCAUUACACUAUUCAAGCGCACAUGAGACUUUGGAGAGUGAUCCUCAAGAUUAUCAUGAACACAGAAAAAAGCAAGAGAGUAGUUGCAGCAAUGUCAGAGACAGUUUGAGUUUUAAAGAUGAAAGUAUAGAACAACAACAGGUGGACUAUGUGUCAGAAAAUAAGGACAAAACUGCCACAGAAAACUCUUCAAAUAUCAGCGAUGAGGGUGUUGAAUUUGAGCAACAAAGUAAUCUCCCUCCACAAGAAGAAAAUGAAAAUAGUUAUGGAAAUAUCCAAGACCCCGACACAGAGACAUCUCCAGAGAAAAAUGAUUCUUCAACUACAUUUGAAACUUCUUUGAGAACAGAGACAAGUACUUCAAUAGUGACUUCUAAACCAGGCAAUUCAACUUCUAAACUAAAAACUUCAAAAGGUCCCAAAAUUAAAAGAACACUUUCACGAGCCGAACGUCUGUCAAGAACACGCAAAGCCAAAAGUGGCAUGUCAUUUAAAACAAGUUUAUCUUUAAAAGUUAGUCCUUCAACCAAACAACAAUUUACCCCGAGGGCUGCGUCACCCCCCAAGUUAGAUGCCCAGGAGGUUAAUUUGCCCCCUAAGGUGGCUCCCCCCAAAACUGGCACCAAAACUAGCGCUAAGAGUGAGAAAACUGUACAACGGAGGAGGAGUUUUAAGGGGAGUAGAUCAUCUUCAAUAAGUCCUAGAGGAUACGGAUACUCCAUGGCAUUUAUGGACAUUGAGAAGCCUUUACUACCUGAUGCAAAACCAGAGGAGAAGACAGAGAUUCCUACGACAGAAAAUGAAUUAACUAUCGUGACAAUUCCUACAGAAAGUCUAACUUCUACUCCAACCACUCCAACGAGCCCAACGGCAUCAACUGCAGCAAAUGAAAACCAAGUUGCUCCCAAGAAACAGACAUAUCAGGCUAAGAAGUUUCGGUUGGACCAGAUCACUGGAAAGCUGUCUGCACAACGGCAGAGCGAAGCUCAAGCUGCAGCUCAUUCACCAUCUGCCUUUCAACUCGCGAAACAUCACUCUUCACCUCCACCCCCCUCUGCACUGAGCCCGUCACCUCCUGCUAAUCCACCACCCUACCCCAGAGAGUCAUAUCCACCUCCUCCAGGACCCCCUCCCCUUAUUUACUCACCCAUGCCAGGGUCAUGUUGUCCCCCUCCUCACCAUCAGCAUCUGUAUGGACCACACCCAGGUCAUGGGAUGCAUCUCCCCCCUGGUCACAUGCAUCCUCACCCGGAGUAUCCUCCCCCGUCAUCAGGGUACAUGCUGUAUGCUCAUGGGAUGCACUAUCCUCCACAUGGACCUUGCAUCGGUCAGUGUUCUUGUUCUGCUGGGGUGCGACAACCUGUGUACCCUCCACUCCCCCAUGGGGCACCUCCUCCUCCCCCUCCUCCUAGCCAUGAGAGUGCACUAGCACAGCUGAUGCAAUGUGAGCAGAGGAUUCUUCGUGGUGGACCAGGAAUGCCUCAUUUUAGAGAACAAGCCCCUCCUGGAGCAUGGGUAGGUCUUAGACAUGGGCCCCCAACAUCACAGAGCUUCUUACCAGUGAGCCAUCACCAUGAGGACCAUUGGCAUGCACAUGAUGAUCGUAGUCUUCAGGUUCCUCAAAGUCCCCAAGUUCCUCCUGUUCCAGCCAGCGUCAGUCCUACUCCAGAAAGCUCAAAGCACCAAAACAGACGCUCCCGCAAAAGUGAAAGGCCCCUUCCAACCAAAUCGUUGCCUGCAUCAAGUGUGGAGGCGCCAUCAGCAGCCAAAUCAGAAGCAGAAAAUGCUUCCAGUGCCGAACAGAGCACUGUCCAAAGGAGUGGAGAGGGUGGGGAAAGUAUUGCUCCAAAACCUACCAUUUCAGAAACUAAUUCCAACGGGGGGUCUAAAGAUGGAACAGAGAACAGUGAAAAACCUUUAGCACCAGCAAGUCAGUUGACGUCUAUGUCAAAUCUGAAAGCAUCAACCACAGCAACACCAACAAGUGCCACUGCUAUGUCUGUGGUACAGGCAACUGGAAUAUCAGGGGUGCCUCAUGAUCUGAGCCCAGAUGGUUUACAAGCUCUACUUCCUGGCAGGAUGCGCAAGUCUAAAGAUCUGGCCCCCAAGGAACUGAUAAUUGAAAUGGACCAUAAUAAAUACAAAUGCCAAGUAUCUGGGUGUGAUAAGUCAUUCCGUAAAGAAAGUGGCUUGGAAUAUCACAUUAAAUACUACCAUAAUCAAAAGGACAAAACUGGAAUUAAGAGAAAAAAGUCAGUCUCCGUCAGGUCGGACUCUGCUCCUGACACUUCCCCCGAGUUUGUCAGCCAGCAUCGCCUGCACAAGCGUCGCAUUCACAGGUCUUCAGCCCCAGCCACUCUUUCAUCAGGCAGCUCUCAGAUAACCAGUCCAAGUAGUGUGGUCCCAUCGCCGACCAUAAAACCUGAACCACUGGAGGAGUUAUCGAAUGUGGUGAUAUCCCCCGCUAUGGACUCUGAACCUUCUGUCAGUCAGGAACUAGACCUGGAGAUUGAGGGGGGUGGGGUAGAUACGGAGAAUAUUGACCCAGGGACAAUGGAAUGCAUGGAGGUGGAAGAGGAGGAAGACAUCAAUGGAGAUGUGAUAAGAUGUGUGUGUAAUGAGUCCGAGGAAGGCGGCUUCAUGAUACAGUGUGAGCAGUGUCUAACAUGGCAGCACAGUGUGUGUGUGGGUCUCAGUGAACAAACUGUUCCGCCAAAUUACGUCUGCUAUGUGUGCACCGAACCAACAGGGUUAAGGAAAAGCGCAAAAUACAAGAACGAUUUUGAUUGGUUCAGACGAGGUACCUUGGCAUGCAUGCCUUUUUCAUCAGUCCCAGAGCCUGAAUACUCAGCAGAGUUCAACCUCGCCACUCACGGCGUGAUGAGUGACAUACAUGAUGUGAACCGCUCCCUACGCAGUUUGAAGCUGAAAUUCGAACUCCUCGGGAAACCGUCUCAUCCUGAUUUGAAAUGCUGGCGACAACCGCGAGGGAGUAGUUUAACAACAAACGUGGACGAAACGGAAUGUAAAGAAAAAACCGUUGAGGAUUGUUGCGUAACAAACGUGAACGAGCAAGGAGAAAAAACGGUUUGCACUGAAAAUAAAAGCAUUCUUGUUGUAAAUGGUCACGUAGAGCAUGAGGAUCAUUCUCCGAACGGGCUGCCGAAAGUGAAAGAAGAACGUUCCUCCACCUCACCCCGUCCUGAGGAGGGCCCUGGGGACACCAAUAACAAUAUACAAGAUAAAAGCGUACCCUUGUUGAGCACAGGGUCAGUUUUAAUGUCAUCACUUUCCAGCUCGUCAGGAACAGGGGCGAGUGCUGUGAGUGGAAGUACUGAAUCGCGUACCGGUGGAAGCGAAGGACAAUUAGGUGUGAUAAAGAAGGAGGAAGAUCCGCAGUCUCCUAUCCCGGCUUUAGUUCCUGCCGGUGAACGGACAGUGUUUAUGAAAAGUGCGUCAUUACCUGAGCAGGGGAAAUCUGAAGAGGAAUCUGUCAGUAAAUCAGAAAAUGUGCAACUUGCGGUAAAGCCCGAAAAUGACACGGAAGGGACUGGGCAAUCAGCAGAACUGAAGCCCCAUGGGGGGUCAUCUAGGGUUGAUCAGGCUGAGGUAAAGACAUCCCCCGGUGAGAGCAACCCCAAGGUAGGAUCCGAAUCACAGGUUAAACAGGAGAACGAGUCAAGAAAUUCAGCCAGUGCAGCGGGGGCUCGAGAGAGUGAGAUCAAGACAGAAAAUCAGGAAUCUGGGCAGAGUUUGUCAGAUGAUGAGAGCGUGGGAGCUAUCAACAAUCUGCUGGAUGAUAUCACGCAGAUACAGGAUGAUUUGGAAGGACGUAUGGAUCAGAUUGAACAACAGUUAGCAGUUCUGGAAGAGGCUUAUGGUACACCUGCCCAGCCUAGUAGAAAAACAGACUUCAGAAACCUUGUCAGGAACCUCAAUCGCGUCAGGUGCCUUUUACAACAAGUCAGCUAGGAACCUCUCACAGCGAUAGUAUCUGACUUAUAACAUCCGGGAUAUUCGUACCCGGCAAAUGCCGCUGACGCACGGUAGGCAUCAUUUCUGUUCUGCGCUGGGCGUAGUCCUCGAUAAAGCUUCCUUUCGGUAAAAGUGUACGACCCAUGUGUUCUGUAGGGUAGCCAUGUUACUUAAUAGGCUAUUUUUGUACGGCAAAUACGCAAUACUCGCUCUAUGGUAUGAUUCUCUUCUACAGAGUUUUAUUGAAAGCAUGAGAUGAUAUACUUAGAAUCGGAAAUUGUUCGGAGAUUUUUUGAGAACAACGCGUGUCUCUUCAAAUCUAUCGGCAGUCGUUUAGACACACGUCGUCUUGUUUGAUCUUAAUUUGAGUCUUUAAAUAGUUAAACGACUUAAAUUGACUGCUUGUUAUUGUGGCUUGUAAAUUGAUGACUAGUUUCCUGUCUUAGAAAUACUUCCUCUUUCAUUCAUGCGUAAUAUGAUGAACUCUCCUUCCUGUUCGGUAUUUUUUUUCCCUGUGGGUUUAUAAAUAUGUGAAAAUCAAAUACAAGGUAAUGAUUGUGGCAUAGAGAACAUUUUGAGAUGACCUAAGCUUCACAAAUGAAUAGGAACAAAUGGACACGGGUCUCUUGUAAAAAUACGAUGUCAAAUAUGUGAAUAAAGAGAUACUUCA